AGGGCCCGUAGAUACGAGCUGCACCUUACAAGAAUAAAAUACAUUACAUUACAUUUGGUCAUUAUUCAUGAAAUAUGUGAUUAUUCAUUAUAACUAGGCGAAACCCAAACAUUUUUAAAUUGUAUUUGUAAUAAUUUCGUACAGAAUUCAGUUUGUUUGUAGUUCUAAAAUAAUACAUUAUUCUUAUCAUAACUAUCGAAUUCAAAAUGGACUCUGACUAUAAAGUUUGCACUUCUAUCGAAGAAGUCAAGACAAUUAUUUCUUCGGAGGACAAUUCAUUCGAUGUUUUCAUUGAGUCUGAACUACCUGAGACGACUAAAACGGAAAAAUGUAUUUUAGGAAUUGAUGAAGCCGGUCGGGGUCCAGUAUUAGGACCAAUGGUGUACGGAACAUCAUUUUGUUGCAAGGACAAUCAAGAUAUUCUUAAAGCAUUGGGAUGUGCCGAUUCAAAGGUUCUCACAGAACAGGCUCGUGACGAUAUCUUUGAUGGUAUAACCAAACAAAAUGAUGUGUUAGGAUGGGCAGUGCAUGUCAUAUCACCAAACACCAUCAGCAAUUGCAAUUUUAGAAGACAAAAGUGUUCUCUUAACGAAGUUUCUCAUAAUGCAGCAAUUGGCCUAAUACAAAGAGUCAUAGAUAGAGGAGUAAAUCUUUGUGAAGUUUAUGUAGAUACUGUUGGACCAGCUGAAAAAUACGAAGCUAAACUUUCUGCCAUAUUUCCACAGUUAAAAAUUAAAGUAUCCAAAAAAGCUGAUUCUUUGUUUCCUAUUGUAAGUGCGGCAAGUAUUUGUGCUAAAGUUACACGUGAUGCUGCUUUAAAAAAUUGGAAGUUUGCCGAAAAACCUGAUGAAGAUAUUGAUUCAAAAUGGGGAAGUGGGUACCCUGGCGACCCAGUGACCAAAGACUAUUUGACAAAAAAUAUAGAUCCUGUAUUUGGAUUCCCUAACAUAGUACGAUUUUGUUGGUCUACGGCCGAAACUAUUCUGAAAGACCGAGCAAUACAAGUAGAUUGGUCUGACGAAGAUGAGGAUGAUGAUAAAAAUACUGUUCCAAUAACUUCAUUUUUUGCUCAAAAUGGAAAGAAUGUUCAACAAAAAACUGCAUUUUUUGAUGACCGAUGUUUAGUGGUAACCAACAAAAUAUAAAUUUAAAACAAUGUUGUACACAUUUUAUUUUCACUAAAUGUAUUGUAAUAUUUUUAUUU